AUGGCUAGAACUAAGCAAACCGCAAGAAAGUCUACCGGUGGUAAGGCCCCAAGAAAGCAACUAGCCUCCAAGGCCGCCAGAAAAUCGGCACCAUCCACCGGUGGUGUCAAGAAGCCUCACAGAUACAAGCCUGGUACUGUGGCGUUGAGAGAAAUCAGAAGAUUCCAGAAAUCGACGGAACUAUUGAUCAGAAAGCUGCCUUUCCAGAGAUUGGUGCGUGAAAUCGCGCAGGACUUCAAGACCGACUUGAGAUUCCAAUCGUCGGCCAUCGGUGCGCUCCAGGAAUCCGUGGAAGCUUACUUGGUGUCGCUGUUCGAAGACACCAAUCUGGCUGCCAUCCACGCCAAGCGUGUGACCAUCCAAAAGAAGGACAUCAAGCUGGCCAGAAGAUUGAGAGGCGAAAGAUCUUAG